GGCGUCUGCGAAAAGUUGUCAAUCUCAUUAAAAAUUAAAUGUGGGAAAGUAUCCACACAUUUGAAAAGUACACGUUCGUUGCGGUCGCAAUGUAUGGCGUGGCGUUAAAGGAACACGUUCUGGUGUAGUUAUUGCGAGGCUUUUUGUUAUGCGGUAAACUCGAGUCCGCUUUAAAUGAUACAUUAGUGUUGUCAUGGCCGAUUCAAAAGUUUUCCUGAGCGACCCCAAUCUGCUGAGCGACCUAAAUUCUGAUGAGCGUAAUUUGUCCGAUGGCGCUUUCGGCCACGAAAGUGACACCAUGCACCAAGAUCUGAUGGACCAGUUGAUGGGCAGCGAGGCGCAAAAUAACAGCGAUUCAAGUGAACAUAACGAUGAUCAAGGCGAGCCCCAAAAGCAAACGGACAAAGAGAGUUGUUUCGCCAACUCACAUGAGGAGAUGCACGUCGAAAGUCCCACGACCGGCGAGACCUAUACCUUUAAGUGCAUAUACUGCGAUCGCGUUUUGGGUGCUUCAGACAACCCCAAACUGCUCGAAUGUUUACACAAUGCGUGCGCCAGUUGCGUCAACAAUAAGCUUUAUGAGCAAAAUGAAUCUUCAGCAUCAGGAAAUCAAAUAUUAUGUACGCUUUGCAACAUAGCGUGCGACGCAUCUCGCAUAAUCGAAAAUCAGUUCUUAAUGGAACUGUCUAAUAACGAUGAGACCAACACCUCGAAAGCAAACGAUCUGAAGUGCAGCAGUUGCAGCGAUGAGGCCCUGGCGACUAGUUAUUGCACCGAUUGUUCCGAAUUUAUAUGCGACAAUUGCGUGCAAGCCCACCAAAGGUUGAAAAUAACGAAAGAUCACACGAUAAAGUCGAAAGACGAGGCGAUGAACGAGCUCAACGCCGUCUCGAGCGGUUCUUCGACGAAUUUAUUUUGCGUCAACCAUCCCCACGAGAAACUGUCGCUCUUCUGCGAGACUUGCGACAAGCUCACCUGCAGAGACUGUCAGCUGAUCGAGCAUCGCGAGCACAAGUACAAGUUUACCAACGAGAUCGCGUCGGAAGCGAAAAAAUACAUCGCGGACAUGCUGAAAGAUGUGGGAUACAAGAGGGCGCUGCUGACGAGCGCGAUGAAAGUGAUCGACGAUCGGCAGAACCUGAUCACGGAAAAGAAGCAAUCGCUCGUUAAGGAAAUAACGCAGCUGGUGGUCAAGUUAACCAACACGAUAAACGUUCGCGGGAAGCAGUUGGUGGCGAAACUAACGGAGGUGUGCGACUCGAAGCAGAAAACGCUCCAAGAGAAGAAGCUGGCGCUCCAGCAGCUGUCCAAAAUGACGGAUCACUGCAUCGACUUUACGCAGCAUGCGCUCGACACGGGCAGCGACAUGGCGCUGCUUUACAGUAAGAAACAGGUGACGGAGCAUCUGAAACGGAUCAAGUGCAAGCGGGCUGACAUCCCGAACCCAGAAAUCCCGGUGAGGAUCCAUCUCGCAUUGGACAAAGUGCCGGACCUGAUUAAAGGCCUCUCCGCAGUCAUGUCAACCAUUGGUCAGAUCGUGGUCGACGGACGGAUUUAUCCGUCUCAGUCGACGUCGCCCGCGUGCCUCCCGCCCAACAGUUCUCCCAGUCCAGGUCAACAGAUGCGGCCUCCGCAGCAGCAGUCGCCCAUGAGCCCGUUGCACCAGCAGCUGUCGCCUGGAUAUCAGCAGAGCCAGCAGCCACAGCAAGUGGCCCGGUUGCCAAAUCCGCCCCCUUACAGUCAAUUCCAGGCCAACGGGCAGCCAUUCCAGUCGCAGUCACCUAACAUGAACCAGAACAUGAUGCAGGUGAUGGGGCAGAGUAUGAAUCAACACCCGUUCGGUUCAGGUAGUCGUAUGCCGAACAUGGGUCCACCGUCGAUGAACAACAUCCCUCAGGCCAUUCCCAUAUCGUUAGCCCAGCAGCUGACCAUGAGCCGAAUCCAAAGGGCCCCGAUGGCGAGGGCGAUCAUGCCUCGCAUGCCGACGAACUCAAUGGGUCUGAACCAACAGCAGCAACAGGUGUCAUCGUCGACUCAUCCCCAGGGCAUGAUGCAGGACCGCAGCAACUUGCGCCACCUGCUGCAACCGACUAACGGCAACACCAACACCACUAACAACAGCAGUAGCAACAACAACAACGCAAUUUACAUACAGACAGGUCCGGCCCAGUACCAGGCGGUCCAGCCGCACGUGGCGCAGCAGUACCAGAACCGGUACCCAAGCCAGCAGCCAAUCAGGUUUGGCCCACAACAGCAGGGCCCAAUGAGGAUGAUCAUGCAGGCGCAGGGAAGUCAGGCGCGGAUGAUUAUGCAACAGCAGCAACAUCAACAGCAACAAAGACCCCAGGGACAGUACCCGCCGGGUGGGGUUGGGGCCAAGUGGCACACGCCCCAGCAGAGCAAUGCCGGUAACAGUGCGGGCAAUAGCCGCAGCCAGUCGAUGCCCACGAUUAACGAUAACUUCAAGAUAACGCUGCGUCAGCAGCCCGAGCAGACGAACAAAAAUACACCGGCUGCUGUUACAUCGACCAUACCGACCACCCCUAGUCCUAACCACGUGCAGGGACGUUCCGACACCGAACGCAGCCUAGACAAGUUCUGCGAGGACUCGGUGAAAGACUUGAUGGCGACGAUCGCGAAACUCGACUCGAACGGGGUCCAGGUGCUUGCAGAGGGAAGACAAAAGGGCGGCUCGCCGCACGUGGACAGUUCGACCGGCGACUCUGCCCCCAAGAUCAAGUCGGAACUGAUGGACACGAGUAAAGACGACCCUAACGAAGACUGGUGCGCGGUGUGCAUGGACGGUGGUGAGCUGGUUUGUUGCGACAAGUGUCCGAAGGUGUUCCACCAGUACUGUCACAUUCCGAAUUUGAGUGUCGAGGAAAACGACACUUGGCAGUGUUUACUGUGCAUGAACUUCGCCGACAUACCGGAGAGUAUAUUGAGCGAGAAGAAGGAGGGUGAGCUCAGUCUGAAGGAGAAGAAGAUCGCGGAACGGAUUGUCCUUGAACUGUACUGCCAGUACGACACGAGUUUGCCCUUCCGCGAGGUUAUAGGAGCAGAUAACGUCGAGUACCAUUCGAUUAUUAAGAAACCAAUAGCGCUCGACACCAUCAGGCAGAAGCUGAACUGGAACGCGGAAGGGCGGUACAGGCACACCGAAGAGCUGGUGCGAGACGUGCGCCUGAUGUUUAAGAACGCCUACACCUUCAAUCCAGUCGACUCGCAGGUGUACAGCGAUGCGAAGACGCUCGAGAAGUUCUUCGACGAGCAAUUGGAAAAGUUUUUGCCCGAGUAUGCGUACGAGACGUUCGACGAGGACGACGAGGUGCAUCCGCCUAGCAAGAAGUACCGACGGAUAAUAAGCGACUGACAAAUUGUCCAGGGGGCGAAUAACACCGUCUAUUUCUCCCUCUAGUGGCAAAUUUUGGAACGGGGUGGCGGGGGGUGCGGCUUAGUGUAUAUAGGGAUGAGUGCGCGGGAUGCGCUCGGUUUUUCGUUUCUGUUCGAAGCUGACCCGGUUUCAAAUUAUUUAUUGAUGAAAUUUUAUCGAUCGUUGCCGAUUCCUUUUUAUAAUAUGUUUUAUGUCGCGUAAAUUUAGCCGUUAGUUUAGGUUUUAACGAGAUUUAGGCUAUGCUUUUUUUGUCGUCUGCGUUCAAGCGUAAUUCGUUUUCGUGUACAUAUUCUAUAAUCUACAGGGUUGCUCGCGCAAAUCGCUCACUGAAAGUUUGCCGGUUGUUAUUUGGGCACAAAUUUCAUUUUAGAAAAUGUUGAGUAAUGUUACUUUAGGUCACCUUCACAAUUGUUGGCCUUAAAAAAAAACACACUUGUUCAGCCUUUAACAAUGACAGUUACGAAACAUAGUUCCAACUUUUGACGUCAAACUUUUAAUAAGUUAUUAUGCAAAAACCAAAAGAGAUAGGAAAUCGGAAACUAUAUUUAAAAUAAAACAUAAUAUGCAUAGAAAAUGGGAAUAUAUACAGGGUGAGAAUGUGAUGUGACAAUGUAUUAACAACCUCACAUGAAUCUAAAUUUUAAAGAACCGCCUGAGUGAAUAACCCAAUAAGUCUAUAUUUAUAAAUAUAUCGAGUGUCGGAGCUGAAAAAAAAAGAUUUGAUCUUUCAAAUUUCGAGGGCGUUUUGUUUUGUUUUUUAAAGUUAGGCCGAAGUUUUUUUCUGUUUAACAAAUAUCGUCUUGUUUCAGACUGUUUGCCUAAUCCUUAAAAUACGUGUCUCUUCAGCUUACGGUUUUUGUUAUAAUAUUAUUUCAUUGUUAUGUCUUCCCUGAUAUGGAAAUCGUCAAAAAAUUUCAUAUUGAGAUUUGUGCAAAAAUAAAAACAGCGCAACAGACCCAAAAUUAAAACGUUAACAAUCUGGCCACUUGAAGUUUGAAAAAAAAAAUGGCCAUCCAAAUUUGAUGAGAUGAUGAGAUAUUGCAAAAAUGUCAAAAAAAAAACAGGAAACAAAUAUUCAUCUCGGUUGUUAAUUUAGGGGUACCUGUCGAUGAGGGCCCUAUAAUGCUAAUGACGUAAUUGUUACAGUUCCUUGAGUAGAGUUUUAUAGAAAAUCCGUGUCGAUUUAGAUAUUUACAAAUAUUAUCGUUGUACAGUGUAAAUUAGAGGUGCAAAUCGAAACUUUUUUUUUGUGCUUAAGGAAAGCAAAGUAUGCCGAGCGGCAGUGUAAUUUACCGGUCAAACGUUCCAAUCGGGUAACCAUAUUAAACUACCCGAAUACGGUAGUUCAAUGGAUGUAUAGGUAAAAAAUAUGUAAUCUCGACGAAGUACCAUGACGAUCGAUCCCCGGUUUGCUCGAGUUUAUUUAUUUUGUCAAGUUUACCACCCUGGAAGCUGAUGCCCCAACAAAAAUGAAUUGUUCGUGGGAAAUUGCGCCGCAAAUCUCUUUUUUUACGACUGUUUUCCCGCUUUAUUUAUUUGUUAGCAUAAACGUAAUUUUUAUGUUUUAACUUUUUCGAUUGUUUACGUGUGUUUGAUUUUAAAAAUUACAUAUACCUAAUCAAACAACCAAAAUGGGUAAAGUAAAUCAAAUUAGCAUCGGGCAAUAUAUAUACACAUAUUUUGUUACUUUAUAUAAUUAUAUAUAUAUAUAUAUAUUAUAUAUAUUUGCUAUAAAUUCGAAGUGUAGUACACACAGUUCAUUAAAUCGUAAAAUAUU